AUGGCGAACUCAGGCUCCGCGGAGGGGUUGCAUCUCCUCCCAGGAGAUAGCCAGGCAUCCGCGCCGCUCACCAAUCAUGAUGGAUCAGAAGCCACAGUAAGUAUGCUCUUCAGGGAGUUGAAAGAGCUUAGCACGGGCCUUGAACAGAGUUACUCGCAAGUAUCUGAGAUUACCGCUCCAGCCGAGCAAUCACUUCAGCAAGAACUUGAAAAGCAGGAGAGUGCACGCGCCGACGAGUUCUCAAAACAUCAACGUACACGCAAGGAGUAUUUUGACAAAGCUGAAGCCGCAGAACGACAGAAUUUCAAUCAGUCUCAAGCGCAAAGACAUGCAGAAUUCGAGAAUAAGAAGAAACUGCGAGAGGAACAACUCUCCCUCCAAAUGUCUGGUCUUGGCACACAGACCGCAAUGCAGGAGCAUAUCAAACUAGAAAGAGAUGCGGAAGACCAACACGAGGAAUCACAGUUCCAACACAAUCGGGCUGAUAAAGCAGCACGAAGACGAAGAGAAGACAACUAUCGACAAUCGGAGGCAACCCAUACUGCAGCCUACCACCAUGCUCUCAGAAUGCUCCACAACGAGUUUGAUGACAAGCGGAAAGCCCUUGACAAGCUUCAUAUCGAGAAGUGGCGCGAAAACAAUGGGGCGACUAGAGUUCGAAUUGAGCAAGUCCAGAGCACGUUGUGGCGUAAACUCUUUGGCAGUUCUGAUGCCCAAAAUUCUUUCAGAGAAAAUCCCGUUGUGUUGAAUACAGAAAUUCCAACUCCUCCCCCAGAUCUGACCACACCACUAGGCGAACGAGGAGCGCAGCCAACGUCGAAUAGAUAUCCUAGUCACCAACGACAGGCAACUAGUACCUCCGAUCUGGAUCGCCAUCCAUACUUAAAUGAAUGGAUAUCAAACCAUGUUGACCUUCCGCCCGAUACCGAUGGACGGCACUCCAACACGGAGGAAGAAACAACCCAUACACAAGCAUCAUCAACACAACCUCCGAGGAAUGAUAUGAAUCAAACAAAUUUGUCAACCCUGAGACCUCAAGAUGAGUGCCAAAUCCAGGCGGUUCAAAAUGCGCUUGAAAGCCUCGGAGAAGACUGCGUGCGCAAGGACUUGUGGAAGAAUGUGGCAAAACAAAUGGAACAGAAAGGUUACAAGAUCGAACCACAAUCCGCAGCAGCUAUGUGGUCCAAGCCUCUGAGACAAGUGUGCAGAGAUCGUGGCUAUUCAUGGGCGGAGAAGGUCAUGAAAACCGCAUCAUACAAGACCGAACGAAAGAGAAGAACACUGAGUGAAGGCAAUGGACUUACACCACUAGCUUCCUCUUCUUCAAACCCACGUCUAGUCAAGCGCACAAAGCGAAGCCAGGGUCAUCGGGAUACCGUCGCCGUCCAGAAUGAUUCCGCUAGAAUGAAGGAUGGUAUAUCGCAACUCAGAACCUUCAAUGGUUGCUCUAUCUGGUCAGGUGCUUCUUAUGAUGUAACAGAGCUAGACUGGGCACCUGAUGGAAAGCGUUUUCUUGUCGGAAGCGUGGCUAAGGAGGAAGCCUCCAACCGCAACCAGCCUUGCAAUCUUGUUCUUGGCUCGAUCAGUUCGAGGGUUUUGCGAGAAAUGCCACAAACCCAUUGCACAUCUAGUGGAUUCACACACGAUGGAUCUGUCCUUCAGAAACCUUUGUACCGGGCAGUCACUGGUGUUCAAUUCACAGAUGGAGGAAACCACGCAGUCACCGCAGGCUAUGAUGGAUAUGUCCGCAUCUGGGAUAUUCGCCAAGAAGAACAGCCUACUUGUGUCGACAAGAUCGAGCACAAAAAGAAGGUAAUCGUCAUGGCAUUGGGAAAACAGAACAAUCUACUGGCAACAGGCAUCGAGAAUGGCCCUCAGUCUCUACAAAUUUGGUCUGGAAACAGUGACUGUUCGAGGUUCAGAUCUGUGGCGAUACCCCAUCUUAAGGGGAUGGAUUCCAACGAAUCCCCCAUGUGUCUCGCAUUUGGCAAUAGUCCAGUGACGCAGGGCUGGCUGGUUGCUGGUUUCGGUUGGGAUGAAGACAUCAGACCUGGUGAUGGCCGAUUGAGUGUAUGGUCGAUUGACGAAAGUGGGCUGACCGAGAGGAUCUUUAAGCCGGACCAUGCACAGGUCUCUGAUGUCGCAUGGCUUCCAAGCGGUGGAGGUUUUGCGGCAGCGACGACAGGCGAUCUGAAAAGUCGUUUGGAACGGUCGUGUGUCCAGAUUUACAACAUAAGCCAAAACCAAAGUGGCCUCAAGCUUACCUGUCCAGCAAUCGAUAUGAACAUGGUGAGCUUCUCUCCAUAUCAAGAACAUUAUGUGGCAGCGUCCUGCACUGAUGGGAAAGUGUAUGUAUGGGAUACUAGAAGUCCACGAAAUCUCCUCCAUACCCUUUCUCAUGGAACACCGGUGAGGCGUUGUGAAGCCGGGGCCGUAGGAGUGCGAAUGACAGAAUGGCUUGACGAGACCACUUUACUCAGCGGCGCGAGUGAUGGUAUUCUGAAGCGCUGGGAUAUCAGACUCUCGAGUGAGAAUGCCCUUGUCGAAGAUGUUUACGACUGCGAAGCUGAAAUCAUGUCCGGGCGCUUAUCCCCGGACAAGUCGUCCUUGCUUUUAGGAGACGCGGAUGACAGUUUGCAUUUGCUUCAAAAGAACGGUACAGGGGCAAAGACAUUGAUAGAGGAGUUCACAUUCAUUGAAGCCAACAGACAGGGUCAUAUAAGAAACUCCUCUGAUAUGGUGAAGCAAGAACGCAACCCUUUCCUAGAGUCUUUCCGGGAUUCGUCGCUGUUCGAUGGCUCGCCGACAUACACACCCCCAGAGCAUUUCCCAAGCACCAUUUAG